AUGCACGACCUGCCCCCUGACUCGGGCGCGCGGCAGGGCAGCUGGGGCUUGGCAGAUCGCUGCUGCCCUUCGGGAGCCUGGGCUUCGGGCCAGCCGCCUUCCCCCAGCGGCGCUGCGGACCGCCGAGACUGGGAGCGGGGAGGCGGCGACCGCUCUCGGCAGCAGGUGUCCCCGCCCCGGUCGCCUCCGAGGGAGUCGGGGGGAGGCCGCCUGCGGACUCCUCGGAUGCAGCUGUCCUGCAGCAGAAGCCUCGAGAGCCUCCCGGUGGAUGUCAAGCGGCCUCCCUUCCAGCGGUGGCCGAGCGACAGCUGGAUCAGGUGCGGGACACGCGGGGACCGGGACGCUCCCCCGCCACGUGGAGGUGGAAUGGACGGCUGGAACCGCGGUAGCUCCCCGGCCGCGGCCCCAGCCGGCUUCCUGCUUCCCCAGUCCAAGGACCCCGGUCGCUCCUCGCGGAGCACUUUCAGGGAUCCUGCGGGGUCCUCUGUGAUACGUAGCGGCAAAGGAGACGUCCAGGAGGGGCCCCCCUUCCUCAAGCCGCCCGCGGUGACAGUCAGAAAGCUGCAGAAGUGGAUGUACAAAGGACGCCUUCUGUCCCUGGGAAUGAAAGGUCGCGCCCAUGGGACACCCCCCAAAGUCACCGGAGCGCAGACAGCCUCCCCAAAUCUGGGCACUUUGAAACUUCAUGAAAGCCAAGCCCUCGCGGUGCCUACAGACCAAAGAAUUACCCUGACAGAUUUAUUUGAAAAUGUCUACGAGUCUUCCAUGAAGAGAAGAGAACUUGAAGAACUGAAGGAUAAUAUUGAAUUCAGAGGUCAUAAGCCACUUAACAGCAUCACUGUUUCAAAGAAACGUAAUUGGCUGUAUCAGAGUACUCUGAGAUCUCUUAAUCUGGAGGAAGAAAAUAAAAAAUACCAAGAUAAAAGUAAUUUGCCCAUCUCACCCAUGUCUCUGACUAAACGUCAGCUAUCACAAGCAUUCCCCAGAUCAUCUGAAGACUUUUGUACAUAUGUGGUGUGUAAUGCUACAAACUCUUCAUUCUCCAGAAACUCGUCUUUGGACUUUAAUGAGGAAAAUGAUGCAGAUGAUGAAGGAGAAAUAUGGUACAACCCCAUUCCUGAGGAUGAUGACUUUGCCUCUAGUUUUGGUGAGGCAAACCCUGCUGUUUUAAAGCUUCCUGCUCUCAGUUUGAGAGUAUUGGCUGGUAGUGACCUGACCAAAGCAGAGCAGCACGCUGAAGACUUGCUGUGCUCUUCUGAACACACAGGUGAUGUUCAGCCCACACAGUCAAAUGAAAUGAAUCCCGUAGAUUCCAGACAUUCCCCAGAAUUUGUGCAGCAGUAUAAGCAAAGGCUUGGACACAAGACACAAGAAGGUAUGAUGGUGGAGGACAGUCCCAUGUUGAAAUCUCCCCUUGGAGGUCCUGGGAUCCUAGCUGCUACAAAUAGGACUGAAUUGGGCGUUAUAGAGCCAUGUUCUCCAAGUCCUAGCCCCGUGAAAAAAGGCAGUUCAAUUAAUUGGUCUUUCCCGGAUAAAAUAAAAUCUCCACGAACUGUGAGGAAACUUUCCAUGAAAAUGAAAAAGUUGCCAGAACUUAGCCGAAAGCUGAGCGUUAAAGGAACCUUGAACUAUAUACACAGUCCAGAUAAUACUCCUUCUUUGUCUAAAUGUCACUAUCAAGAAAUUCAUCAUACUGUCAUCCUGCCUUCUGGGAACACAACCACAGCUGCUAAGAGGAAUGUUAUAAGCCGGUACCAUCUUGACACCAGUGUAUCUUCUCAACACAGCUAUCAGAAGAAACCCUCUAUGAAUUCUAAGUAUUCCUGCAAAGGUGGUUACCUCAGUGAUGGAGAUUCACCCGAACUCAUAACUAAAUCUAGCAAACAUGGAUCUGAAAACAAAUUUGGAAAAGGAAAAGAAAUAAUUCCAAAUAGUUGUAGCAAAAAUGAAAUAGACAUUGAUGCUUUUAGACAUUAUAGCUUUUCUGAUCAACCUAAGUGUUCACAGUACAUAUCUGGACUCAUGAGUGUCCAUUUCUAUGGAGCCGAGGAUUUAAAGCCACCCCGGAUAGACUCAAAAGAUGUCUUUUGUGCAAUUCAGGUAGACUCAGUAAACAAAGCAAGAACAGCUUUGCUCACAUGUCGGACAACCUUUUUAGACAUGGAUCACACUUUCAACAUAGAAAUUGAAAAUGCACAGCAUUUGAAAUUAGUAGUAUUCAGUUGGGAACCUACUCCAAGGAAAAAUCGAGUGUGUUGUCAUGGGACUGUUGUUCUCCCUACCUUAUUCAGAGUGACAAAGACACAUCAGUUGGCUGUCAAACUUGAACCUAGAGGUCUUAUAUAUGUGAAAGUGACCCUUAUGGAACAGUGGGAGAAUUCUCUUCAUGGACUGGAUACAAAUCGUGAACCAGUAAUAUUUGGGGUUGAUAUUCGAAAAGUUGUAGAGAAAGAAAAUGUAGGAUCGAUGGUGCCACUCCUGAUACAGAAAUGUAUUAUGGAAAUUGAAAAGAGAGGCUGUCAGGUAGUAGGCCUGUAUCGAUUAUGUGGUUCGGCAGCAGUCAAGAAAGAACUUCGAGAGGCUUUUGAGAGGGAUAGCAAAGCAGUUGGUCUGUGUGAAAACCAGUACCCAGAUAUAAAUGUAAUAACAGGUGUUCUUAAGGAUUAUUUAAGAGAACUUCCUUCUCCUCUGAUAACAAAGCAACUUUAUGAGGCCGUAUUAGCUGUAAUAGCAAAAAAUCCUUUGAAAAUGUCGUUAAAUGGUUGUGAGAAUAAUACAAGUGACUCCAAGUAUGCUGUUGACCUGCUGGAUUGUCUGCCUGAUGUUGAGAAGGCGACCCUAAAGAUGUUGUUGGAUCAUUUGAAAUUGGUGGCUUCUUAUCAUGAAGUGAAUAAGAUGACCUGCCAGAAUUUGGCUGUGUGCUUUGGACCAGUAUUAUUAAGUCAGAGGCAAGAGACUUCCACCUGUAACAACAGAGUCUUUACUGACUCAGAAGAACUUGCAAGUGCUCUGGAUUUUAAAAAACAUAUUGAAGUUCUUCAUUACCUACUCCAACUCUGGCCAGUGCAACGUUUAACUGUCAAAGAAUCGACAGACAGUUUGUCCCUAGAGCAGCAAUUUUCUCUGAAUUAUUUGAGGCGGAAGAAAGAACGGCCUUGCAUGUUAAAUUUAUGUGGUACUGAGACAUCAGGAGUACUUAGGCCAAGGCAAGCCAGGUUAGACAGCCCACUUAGCAAUCGUUAUGCAGGAGACUGGAGCAGCUGCGGAGAAAGCUACUUUUUAAAUACAAAAGAAAAUUUAAAUGAUGUGGAUUAUGAUGAUGUCCCUUCAGAAGAUAGAGAAAAUGGAGAAGAUUAUGGCAAAAUAGAUGGACCAGAUAUAAUGAUUGAACAGCCAAACCCCGUAUCCAAAGAGUGCACAUUCCAGACAUAUUUUACAAUGCAGACAAUCGAGUCUACAGCGGAUCAAAAAGCCAAUCUUAAAGAUCUACAAGAAAGUAUUGAUACUUUGAUUGGAAAUCUGGAGCGUGAGCUCAACAAAAGCAAACUUAAUAUGAGUGUUUGA